CCUUCACUCGGUUAAUUACAGCACACACCCAGCUAAGAACAGGAAGGACAGAGACCAUUUGUGUUCCUCUCAGAUACACGCUCCAAAACAGAAGCGUCGCCUUCAGAUCCAGCAGCAAUGAGGCUGGCUUUGGUCCUCUCCUUCCUCUCAGGAGCCUACUCUGCUGUCGUCUCGGGUCCAGGGGAGGUGAGGGUCUUGGUGGGUGACAGCGUGAUUGUCCCCUGUAGAUAUACAGAUUAUGAUAAGAAUGAGAAAUACUGGUGCAAAGGAAAAAUACGACUGCGUUGUAGCAUUUUAGUGAAGACUGAUGGCACCACCAAAGACAAAAGAAUGUCGAUUAGAUAUAAUCAAACAAAGAGAGUGUUCUCUGUAACUAUGAAGGAUUUGAGAGAGAAGGACGAUGGAUGGUAUCAGUGUGGAAUAUCAAUACCGGGAAGGUUCAGCUAUGAUGUAAGGAGUCCAGUGCACAUCAGUGUCAAAAAAGUCCAGGCUCCAGAGAGGGUGAUAAACCAAACCAAAGGAAACGUAACAGUCCGGUGUAAAUAUCACAAGUCAUACGCUGACCAUGUCAAAUACUGGUGCAAAGGAAAAUAUCUACUUCCGUGUUCCACCCUGGUGAAGACCGGGGACUCAGAUACUCAGAGCCGGAUCUCUAUCAGAGAUGAUAAAGCAGAGGGAGUAUUUUACAUCACAAUGACGGACCUCACCAAGGAUGAUCAGGGGUCUUAUAAGUGUGGGAUAUCAAUAAGUGGCUUUGAUGAAAGUGUCCCAGUGUAUGUUCAAGUGAAUGAAGGUACGACCAUACCAGAUCUCUGGGGCCCGGUGAAUGUAAUUGGGCAAGCAUCCAGCAGUCAAACAAUCAGAUGUCUGUAUUCUGCAGAUUACACCGAUAGUGUUAAAUACUGGUGUAAAAAAGCUGGUGUGGAUGGAUGUAGCCCUGUGGUGGACAUUGAAAAUAAAGAGAGAGAAGACAGAACACAGAUCAGAGAUGACCCUUCCAACACACAGUUCCUGAUCACCAUCAGUAACCUCACAGCACAGGACACUGGCGUGUACUAUUGUGGAGUGAAGGGACAUUCCUCUCUCAGUGACAAAUGGGUUCCGGUGAACCUGGAUGUUGAAGCAGUAGGAAAACCAGAAAAGGGGAAUUGGAGGUCAACAAUAAAACAAGAAGGAACAACAAUGGUGAAUCAUAUGGCAAAGAGUCAUCCGGAUUCUUCAUCCCUGCUGCCCACUCUCGCCAUUUCCGCCGGAGCUCUUCUGCUGCUCUGCUGUGUGGCCGCUGGCGUUGGAUGGAAGAUCAAACGUAAAAUAAGACCAGCUGUGGAAGACAAAAAGGAAAAGCCCCCAGGAGUCGCUGAAGCGACCUAUGCUGAAGUUCUGACCAAUGACAGCACACAGGAGCCGAGUGACGUGGUUUACUCCAAUGUGAAUCUACACCAGUGCUCACAGAGCCCUCCUCCACAGGACCAAGUUGUGUACUCUACUAUUAACUAUUGAAAGCCCCAUUUUUAGACAUUUUAGACAACACUGCCAGACAGCCACUCCACACUCACCAGAAUUGCCUCAUGCUGAGAUUUUAUUUUGUUUCUUAUUCAACCCUGGGUCAAAUUUUAUAUGGCCACCUGCUAACAUUCGAAAACAGUUGUUCAGUUGUUCCCUGAGAAUUUUUACCAAAAUGUGUCCCUCAUCAAAACGUGUAAUUACAUAAGCCUUAUAAUUAUAUGAAAAUGUCAUUAUAUGGAAAUUCGAAUUAUAUGAAAAUAAGAUUCAUUUUCUUCUGAAUGUUUUGCAAAAAAAGAUGUUGCUUUUUAAAUUGUUAAUGGUCUGUAGGAGUUUCACUGCUGGCUGAACGAUGAAAGUAUUUGACCCUGGUGUGCUUGCUGUGAGAGUACUGCAUUAUAAAAAUCUACACCUCUUUCUGUGCAAAAACAGUUUGAGUAAUGUAAUACCAUUUCAGCUUUACAUGCAAGAAAAUUACUGCAACAGAGCAAUGAACUUCCAAAUUAGUUUUACAUGCAAACCAAUUUCUGUAACAUUGCGGGAAUGUAAAUGUGACACCUGAGUUCCAUCCAUCCAUCAUCUAUACACACUUAUUCCUGGUCAGGGUCGUGGGGGGUGCUGGAGCCUAUCCCAGGAUGCGUUGGGCGAGACACAGGAAUACACCCUGGACAGUUUGCAGGUUCACCGCAUGGCAUAACCUGUGUUGCAAUUUAAUGGAAUUCAGAAAUAAGGAAUAUCCUAGUAAUUUGGUAGUUUGCACAUUUUUCGCUGUUACUUUGUUUUGAAUACAGCCAUUUAACAGGAGCUCUUCAUAUUUGGAGAAAGCUGGUUUGGUACAUUGACAAAACAUGUAUAAAUUAGAAUAUAAAACCCCCUCAUUGGUGACUGCUUUUAAGUUACAGAACAUUGCAGUUGCAUGAAGGAUUGUAAAUAACCAUUUCCUCAAUGUCCAAAUUCAUUUUUUAAAUAAACACAGAAAUCACAGGCUUUGUAUUUAUGAAUGUGAGUUCAACAAUACGACAACAUUUUUUCAAGUGUAUAACUGAUGUAUGCUACUAGCCUAACUAAUGUAUCUGUGCUACUAGUACAGACUGAUUGUGAUUUGAAUCUGUGGUGGGUAAACGGAAAAGGGGUCGGACAUUUUGUCUUUCAGCAUGCGUCCUCAGUGAAGUCACACAUGAAAUGCACUCAAAAUGGAAUACACACAUUUACUGUGCAUUUCAGCAUAAAGCAGCAUGGUGCGCAUGAAAGCAUUUUCCUCCCUACAAACGCCUUGUGGGAAGAAGGCCAUAAUGUUGCAUGCCACAAAAAUAAAUAAAUAAAUAAAUAAAUUACCUUUUACAUUAUAAUGAAAUUCUGGAUAUAUGAAAAAAUAUAAUCAAUGUAAAACACAUUGACAACAUCAAAUACGUUAUAUACAAACAGUAGAAUGCAUAUACUUUUUGCUGGCAUCAUUAAAAAUGUUCAGGAGCUUAUUAGUACUCACUGUAUGUCUGCAGCAUGCAUAAACUGUGCAAGAGGAUGCAGUGACUGCUGAGCAUCAGAUCUCAUAAUAUUUUUUUUUUGUUUGGGGGGGGGGGGGGGCAGUGUGUAUGCAGGUUCGGUUUCUGCCAGUUAGGCCCUGAGUCAAUUAGUUCCUCAUCAUGAUAAACCAACUCUGGUACAUACCAAGAUAAAGUCCACAUACCACAGUACAUCAUAUGGGGACACAAAAUCAUGGACAAAAUCAUUCAUGAGCUUGUCAAGAUAUGUAACUAAAAUGUCAAACCACAUGAAUGGUGAACCUGUGCAGCAUUAUAAUAUAAAAUACUGCUUUCAUGUUUCAUGUUGUUUUCAUGUAAUCACCAUGCUGUCCACUAGCUCUCUCUACUGGGAAAUCUGUUGAAUGGGAAUAAAAGUUACAGAAUGGAAAGUAAACUGUUAAUGAACUGUUUAAAAAAAGUAUGUUUGUGUAAAUUAAUAUCUGUACAGCUUAGCACAAUUUAUGUCUUUAAUGACCCAACUAGUGUUUAAUGUGCAAACAUGAAAUCUACAAAUAAUUAAACUUAAAAACACAAAUAAAUACAUUUUGAUUCAUUGAUGGUCAAGUUAGGUCAUGCUUUGUAGUCUGGAGACGGGAAGAAGAAAUAAAUGAGAAACAUUUUUAUACUUUUUAAGAAAAGAAAUAGCCAUCUUUUACUUUGGCUCUCAGUGUUCUGAGGUGCUCUGGUUUUAGCAGAACGAUCGGCUUCCUGUCGACUUUUGGACAUCGUAUCUAGGGGAUCAGAUACUAUAUUUUAAAUACUUUAACCUUUUAGACAGAUGAGUAACUUGUACGACUUUUCUUCUUUCACGCGGCUGUUUUUUGAUAAAAAUUCUCGGGUAUGCAAGGUGUUUUCAAUUUCACAGUCAUGGUCCAGCCGUUUAAAUUUUGAGCAUUAAGACAACUUCUUGGUGAACAGCAAGAGGAAAUAUCAUCACAUGAUCAGUUAAAAAUAGUAAAUAAUAAUAAAGCUUUAGAAUGGGAGAAAUGCGACACAGGAAGCUAAUUGAGGAAGUCCACUGUGCCAGUACAGUGUUGUGACACAGAGUACUGAGGAGCAGCCUGUAGUUUUCUGACUAUGGAUUCCGCUAUCUUUAUUCUGCUUCUCUUUUUUGGUUGUCACUUAUCAAGGGGACAGGACAGAGUAGACGCAUCAGGAACGGUUUUGCUGCGAUUGCCUUUUAAUCCGUAUUUCAAUUAUUAUGAAAAGCUCUGCUGCAAAUUUUACCAAGGUGUUUGUCUUCCUUUUGUGGACAACAGAGGAUAUGCCGGUGACAUCUAUAAGGGAAGAAUAUCUCUAAUCGAAUACAACGGAGGUAUGGAUGUGACGAUCAGGAAUUUACAAAAGUCAGACAGUGGACUGUACCGAUGUGCCAUAACUGAUUCACAGUAUCACGUUUACAAGGACUUCAUAGUUGUAAUACCAGACUCAGCCAAUCGACAGAGCCCACCGCUGCCCUCUCUGACCACCACCAGCCGCACCACUGUCGCCACGGUGACCACGUCCGCCACACCUGUGGAAAGCCUCAGUGAUGUUCAGGGUAACGCAAGCUCAAGGUUUAAAACAGAUUUGUGGAUAACACUGGCUGCUGUCCUGGGUGCACUGAUGAUGCUCAUUCUUAUCAUCUCUGUCACUACCAUUGUGGUUCAUCGCAGAAAGAAAGACGAAA